AGCUCGCCCCUGCGCUUUUAACUCGCAAGUCGCAACGCCAGACUCGCAUCCGUCGCCGCCACAUCCUCCCUCUCCCCGCCGGCACCGGAUCCUCCAUCCGCCGCUGCUCUUUCUUUCUAGCCGCGAGGUGGAGGGAUCCAUCCGGGCUCAUUCCUUCCCGCGCAGGUCAUAUCUGUGUCUGCUUGUUUCAUGAUUGGUCUCAUGGAAGACCAUUCACCAUGGGAUUAUCUUUCAGUUGAUCAGAUUAGAACUCCUGCAUUCAACUCUGGAGUUGUUUCUGAAGCAAGCAACGGAGGCAAAGAGUUCUCAGUUUCAUUGGACGCUGUCGUUCCUGAUGAUAUACUGGAGAGGAUUUUCACAUUCUUGCCUAUAGCAAGCAUGAUAAGGGCAACAGCAGUAUGCAAGAGAUGGUACGGCAUUAUCUAUUCAAGCAGAUUUCUUUGGACCCACAUGAUGCCUCAACGGCCAUGGUACUUCAUGUUUACCUCUAAUGAAACUGCUGCCGGUUAUGCUUUUGACCCCAUCCUUCGUAAGUGGUAUGAUUUAGAGCUUCCUUAUAUUGACAAGAGCAGCUGUUUUGUCUCUUCUUCUUGUGGCCUAGUUUGCUUCAUGGACAAUGACAACAGGAACUCCAUUUCUGUAUCUAACCCUAUCACAAAAAACUCCAAGAGGCUUUUGGAGCCUCCCGGUGAAACAUUGCCAGACUACAGUACCAUUGCCAUGAAAGUAGAUCGGUUGUCUCAUAAGUACUCCAUUACAGUGGCAAAAUCCAAGCAAAUUCCUGAAGAUUUUGUCCGAUGGGAAUUUUCAGUAUACAAGUAUGAUUCUUGGAGUGGUACAUGGGUAACUUCUGCGAGUGAAGUGUUCAUUGGUUGGAGAGGGGGUGAUGAUAGUGUCAUAUGCGACGGAGUCCUGUACUGCUUAAUUCACUCCACUGGUGUCCUUGGCAAUGUCAACCCUCGUCAUGGCCUUAUCAUGUAUGACCUUGUUGGUGGACCUUCGAAGACUUCUUUAGUGCAAACAUCAAUCCCGGUACCAUGUUCUCUCACAUGUGGCCGUCUGGUAAACUUGAAGGAGAAGCUGGUUUUGGUUGGCGGAAUUGCAAAACACAACAGACCUGAUAUCAUUAAAGGAAUAGGAAUAUGGGAACUCCAUGAGAAACAGUGGCAUGAGGUAACUCGGAUGCCCCACAAAUUCUUCCAAGGAUUUGGUGAAUUCGAUGAUGUUUUUGCCUGCAGUGGCACAGAUGACCUUGUCUAUAUACAAAGCUAUGGUGCAACUGCUUUGCUUGUUUUUGACAUGAUGCAUAAGCAAUGGAAGUGGUCGGUGAAAUGUCCUGUGAGCAAAAGAUUUCCUCUCCAGCUUUUCACUGGAUUUUGCUUUGAGCCCCGUCUUGAUAUCACUGCUUAAUAUGUACCAGUUCAUCUUUUUUGCUUUUAGUGGAAUCAGAUCAGCUACUAUGUUAAUUGUUAUUCAUGAUAAUCCAUGCAAGUUUUGUCGCAUUCUUUCAACCAUUUUGCUGUUAUCCUUUUCUCAGUUCUCAACACUGAUGGCCCCACAAUGGUCAUGCUGGAUGCAAUUAUUUGUUUCUAUUGACAUCAGCUUAAAAA